AUGCCUCGUGGACAGAAGAGUAAGCUCCGCGCCCGUGAGAAACGCCGCCAGGCCCGGAGUGAGUCUCAGAGUCUCCAGGGUGCUCAGGCCAUGUCGGCGGAGGCUGAAGGGGUCCCCUCUUCUCCCUCCCCUCCUUGUGGUGAUGAUCCCCAGAGCUCCCCUGCUGCGGGCUCAGGGAAGAGACCCCCGGGGUCUCGGGCAGCCCCGUCUGCUCCCACUCCCUCUGCAGGCGUUUCGUGCGCAAGCCAGCCCGAGGAAGGGGCCGCAAGCCAGCCUGAGGAAGGGCCAGACACCUCCCAGGCAGAGCCCAGCACCGAGCCUUCCGGCCCAACCCCUCUGGAGCAGAAGGCGAUUCUGCUGGUGCAGUUCAUGCUGCGCAAGCAUAACAUGAGGGAGCCCAUAAGAAAGGAAGACAUGAUGAAGUAUGUCAUCAGAAAGCACAAGCAGCACUUCUACGAUAUCCUCAGGAAAGCCUCCGAGCUCAUGGUGCUGGCCUUCGGCAUGGACAUAAAGGACGCCGACCCUGCCGGAAACUACUUCAUCCUUGUCAGCAAAUUGCGCCACGCCCGUGGUGGCCGGCUGACCGGCGAGAUCGUGCCCAAGAGGGGCCUCCUGAUGACCAUCCUGUGUGUGAUCUUCAUGAAGGGCAACUGUGCCGCUGAGGAAGACAUCUGGGAUGUCCUGAACGUGAUGGGGAUCUACGCUGGAAAGAGGCACUUCAUCCAUGGGGAGCCCAAGAAGCUCAUCACUCAAGACCUGGUGCGGGAGAGAUACCUGGAGUACCGCCAGGUGCUCGGCAGUGACCCUCCGCGCUACGAGUUCCUGUGGGGCCCCCGAGCCCAGGCCGAGACGAGCAAGCUGGAAGUGCUGGAGUUCCUAGCCAAGCUUCAUGAUACCCACCCCCGUGCCUUCCCGCUCUGGUAUGAAGAGGCUCUGCGGGAUGAGGAAGAGAGAGCCCGAGCCAGGUCGGGAGCUGCGAGGAGCCGCGCACCCUCGGCCAGUGUGCGUCCCAGGAUCAAUUUCUGCAGCUCUCCCUACAGGCCCUGA